AUGCAAAACAACGGUAGAAAUGUCGACGAUGAUUAUGCUCUUGCUAUGCAAUUGCAAAAACAAUUUGAUGAUGAAUACCGUACAAAUAAUAAUAAUGCUAUUAAUAUUGAAGAAGAAAUGGGUGCCUAUGGAAACAACGAUGCUAUUGCUUUGAGUUUACAACAAAUGUAUGAUAAAAAAAAGGACGCCUUUGAAAAUGGUUAUGAAGGCAAGUAUGAUAUUGUCCCUCGUAUGAGUAAAAUGACGUUUAAACAUCGAGAUUAUGAAGAGGAAACAUAUUCAAAUAAAACUAAAAGCCAAAAAGAGAAUGUUAACAUAGGAAAUUAUUUUGAUGAAGAUGAUACACCACCUCCUUAUAGUACUCUUCAAACGUCUGUAUAUAACGAUAACAAUCCUUGGCAUAAUAAUAACGAUUCUUCUCAGAGAUCUCAGCAAAUGCCAUGGAACCAAAAACAACAGACUUCUCCUGACCAAUCCAACCUGCAAGGAAUGCUAGCGCAGGUCUUGGAAGCAUUACAAAACCAGCAAAAUAAUAACCAACCUGAUCCCACGCGUAAUAAUAAUUAUGACCGAUCUGAUCAUUUCAUGCGUAAUAAUAAUUAUGGCCAACCCGAUUAUAAUAAUUUUAACCAAUCUGAUCACUUCAAGCGUAAUAAUAAUUAUGGCCAACCCGAUUAUAACAAUUAUAACCAAUCUGAUCACUUCAGACGUAAUAAUACUCCCGGUACUACGCGAAAUAGGAUCAACCUAUCUGGUCAAGGAGUUUUCAAAGUUCUUUUAUUAGGUGGAACCGGGACCGGAAAAUCUACCAUCAUUAAUACGAUGGCAAAUUACUUUUUAGGCGGUACUCUUGAUAAUCCUAAAAUUGUCAUUCCCACUAAGUAUUAUGAAGUUACUGAAAAAGAGUUCGCUAGUAAACAUUCAGAAGCAAAAUUUGACGAUGUAACCAAGAGUCAAACCACAAAGUGCUAUAAUUAUACUUUUAAACACUCCGAUAAUCCUGCCCACGAAUUCAUCCUCAUUGACACUCCUGGACUGAGCGAUACAAAUGGUGUAAAGCAAGACGACAAGAACAUUCAAGAGAUUAUUGAUACUGCAAUUUCUGCCGGUUCAUUAUCUGCUAUCGUGAUCAUCGCAAAUGGAACUGAAGCUAGAGUGACACCAUCGAUCAAGAGCACUUUAGUUAUAUUGGCAAAUAACCUCUCUGAUGACCUGAUCGAUCGAAAUCUAUUGCUUAUUUUAACAAAAUGUACAAAAAGUAGCGCUUCUUUCUCAGAAGAUGCUUUCACGAAAGAAAUCGCAAAACCAAAGAAAAUUUUUUACAUGGACAACCAAGCUUUCUGUACUAAUCCUCAAAUCUGGAAAAAUGAUGAAGAUGAACGUCCUAAUGUUCAAUUUAAUUGGGAUAAGUCUGCUAGAACGAUUGAUAAUUUAUUGAUGUCAAUCACUGAGCUGUCUUCUAUUUCAACUCAAGCCUUUAAGAAUUACGGAGACAAAAUCAAAUCUGAAAUCACUAAAGUGACUCGGGACAUUGCAAAUAUUCAGCGAGUUCAGGACUCUAUUGAUGCAGCCCAGAAAGCUCUCCAAAAAACGGGAAACCAAAAGAAUAAUUUCGCCAACUAUACAAAGACUGAAACAAUUAAACUUAAGAAAAUCGUUAAUGCUAGUUACCAUAGUACCCUUUGUAUCUUUCAUCUGAAGGAUAGCAUUGUUUGUCAUGAUAAUUGUGGGCUUGAGUUUAAUAAUACUAGUUCUGGAACUAGCUACUUUAGUGGUUGUUUUUGUAUGGGAUCGGAUGGUAUAUGUAAUCAAUGUGGAUGUGGGCCUUCAAGCCAUGUUCACGAUAAGGUCAAAUUAGUUGAACAAACCCAAACGAUCAACAAGGUUCUUGAAGAUAUUAAAGCACAAUAUGACGAUGCCAAUCAACAACAUCAAAAAUACAGCAAUGAUGUAACCAGUUACCAAUCAUCCUUAUCAACUCUCCAAACGGCUGCUAACGCUAAAUACGGACAUAUUCACAAACUUUGCCAUGAUUUAAGUAAAAUUUGUUCUCGAUUCAAUUUUGUUGAUGAACUUCAUACACAUAUUGAGAGUAUGAAACAGGAUUCGAGAAUGAUACAAAAUAUUAAUCUACGAAAGAACGCUGAAUUGGAGAUUCAAAGGCUUGAGAAAUUGGCAAAUGAUUUGUCUUCCAAACGAGGCAGGAAUUAUUCUUAG